GAUUUUAUCAUUAAACUUCAUUCUCUAUGUUAAACCUGAUUCUGAUUCUGAUUGGAUAUCCUGAGCUGACCGGUGAAUGAAAUCACAUCUACGUUUCUAACCUAAUCUACUUCUGGAGAAACAGCAUUACUGACACUUUCUUUUUUUUUUAAAGAGUUAGGAGCUUAAUGCUGGAAAAUCAGCUCAUGCACAGACGUUCUUCACUCCGUAAUCCUCCUUUUCCCUCUGAGGAGCUUUGCAGUACAACAGAAACGCUGCUGUAUGCCACACACACACUGUCUGCACUCACACUGGGGCACAAAUUUCAUUGAAUAUUUACUGGGAAACAUUUUGGUGAAUGCCAGGUGAAGUGAAUAAGACUGAUGAUCUCCUCAUCAUGGUACCUGUUAGUGGGUGGGAUAUAUUAGGCAGCAAGUCAACAUUUUGUCCUCAAAGUUGAUGUUAGAAGCAGGAAAAAUGGACAAGUGUAAGGAUUUGAGCGAGUUUGACGAAGGGCCAAAUUGUGAUGGCUAGACCACUGGAUCAGAGCAUCUCCAAAACUGCAGCUCUUGUGGGGUGUUCCCGGUCUGCAGUGGUCAGUAUCUAUCAAAAGUGCUCCAAGGAAGGAACAGUGGUGAACCGGUGACAGGGUCAUGGGCGGUCAAGGCUCAUUGAUGCACGUGGGGAGAGAAGGCUGGACCGUGUGAUCCGAUCCAACAGACGAGCUACUGUUGCUCAAACUGCUGAAGAAGUUAAUGCUGGUUCUGAUAGAAAGGGGUCAGAAUACACAGUUUGUUGCAUAUGGGGAUGCAUAGCUGCAGACCAGUCAGGGUGCCCAUGCUGACCACUGAUGGAAGAUGAUGGAAACAUUCCUUUUGAGAUACUUAUUGAGAUGAUUGCAUUAUGCAAUUCCUACCACAUCCUAAAGCUGUUCUAUAGAUUCAGAUCUGGUGAUUGAACUCAUGUUCAUGCCUCCUGUUUGAGGCGACUUUUCUUUGUGACAUGAUGGGUUAUGCUGGAAGUAGAUAUUAGAAGAUGGUAAACUCUAGCCAGGAAGGCAUGCACAUGCUGAGCAACGAUACUCAAACAGACUGUGGCAUUCAGGCCACUGUGUACUGCAUCAGCUAUAUAUGGUUGAAGUGACAAUAAAGCUUCUUUGACUUUGAGAAUAAUCAUGACACUGAGAAUAAUAACUGAUUAGAUAAAUACAUCAGGCAUGAGAAGGUGGAAGGAUCUGAUGUAAUGGUGUGUGAAGAACUCUCAGUUUAAUCUGAAUUACCCAGACUCAUUUUAAUAGUAUUUUAAUGGUCAAUUUGGUGUUCUUAGAGCAGGGAUGUUGCACGUGCCAUCAGGCAACUGACCCACACUUACACCAACCCCCCCCCCGGAAAUUUGGUCGUAACUUAAAAACAUUUAGCAUUCUUGCUUCAUUCAAAUCAGCCUUAGCGCUUGACGCCAUGAUUUGUCGCUGUAAAAGUGCUUGAAAGUGAGCUUUUAUUGAAGUGAUUUUUAUUUAAAGUGACAAUAUUUCACAAACAGUGUCAAAAGCGUCUUUUUCAGCUUCGCCUCAGAGUCUCGAGGUUAAAUGAACCGUCUCUCGCCUCAGCAGCACUGAAGCUACAAGAGGCAGAAGUGGAGCUGCGACGUGAUUGGCUGACCCCGCGACAAAGCCGUGACGCGAUUGGCUCCCGCGCCACAUGACUUCACUGAAUUCUAAAUUCUUCCUUCUGAUUCUAUUUGGUCAUUUACUGCAUUUUACAGAUCACAGAUCACAGGUAAAGCAGAUACAACACUCCAAGAGAAAAUAGAGAAUUCAUAUUCAUGUGAUUUAAAGAUGAAUGAAAAGAAGAGAAGCAGUCAGUGUGGAGCAGCUGGAGUGUCCACUCUGAGCACCACAUCUGAACAGAGACCGAAGUGUUUCAGGGACAUGAUGGAGCUCGUUCUUCAUCUGAGCAAUGAGGAAUGGACGGCUGUGAGCAGGGGCAUGAUGAAGAAGCUCACAAGGUUGGAGUUUGCUACUGCAUGCACUACACUUGUGAUGGAGGUGUCGUCUGCCGUUGUCCGACGUUUACUGAAGCCUCUCAGCAGAAGCUUCGGGAUGGAAGCGAUUCUCGAAGCGAGCGACAAACUGAAGAAAACAGAGUCGAAAUCCAGCAAGUGCUCUGCCUCAGACGCCUCAGCUCACAGAUCUCAUAAGGAGGUGUCUGAUUUCAUCCGUCAUCUCGCUCAGAGAAUCCUCAUAGUUAUUAAAGGUGCGAUGCUGGAGGCCAUCCGUAGUACGGCAUCAGGAACGAGGAAGAGUUGCUCUGCUGAAGGUCCCAUUCCACAGCUGGAUGAUCUCAGCAUCGUUUGCACUAAAGAGAUCUGUGAUAAGAUCCUAACUCUGUAUCACCUGGAGAGACCUGGACGAGAGACAACACCAGGAAUGUUGUUAAAGCCCUACAAGGAGGUCCAUGAGAUAAUGAAGGACUUGGAAGAAGUUGUCUCCAUACACAGGUCCUCUUCCUGGAUCUCUGUAUCCUCAACCACUGACUUGGUCUCUACCAUGACAGGAGUGAUGGCUUCUGAUUGUACUUCAUCAGCUCCUCAAGCUGAGAGGCCUUUCAGUGAUCAGUUUAUGAGCAAAGCUUCACAAGUGAUCACUGAAAUUCUAAUGAAAACGCAGCAAACACUCAGUGCCUCAGUGUCGUCCCAAACCUCCGUCCCUGUCUGCAGUGAGACUGAACCGAAUUUCCUGAUGGAGCUGGCCAAGAGCAUAGUCUGGGAAAUUCUGGAGAAAUUUUUAAUACUUGUACAAGCACUGUAUGAACCUGUGUCAGGGGUCAGUUGCAGUGAUGCUGACCAGUCUGGAUCAGAACAUGAGCAAAAGUUCCUCUUUUUUGCUCAAAAGCUUCACAUGGACAUCCACAAGCAGGUGUUGAUGUUUGUCUGUGAGCAGAAGCAAACCGUUUCAGAGCAAAGCAAGAUGCUCUUGGACAUCUGGACGGAAACUGAUCCCGAGCUCGAUGUUGGCACGGAGAACAUCUGGAAAUCUAGCGCUGCUAAAGCCGAUAAAGCCACUCAGGUUGUGAGCGAAACUCUGGUUAAGAGGAUAUCUACACAUACAUCCACAGAUUUAAUCAGUAUGAAAGGCUCGGGUUUCAGCGCAUCACCGUCACUGAUGGGGUCAGUAGUUCCGGAACAAGCCGCUUCUAUUAAUGUAAACAAGGUGAUCAAUAGAGUGGCUUUGGAGAUGGAAAAGGAACUAGGUGAAGCUCAGGUCAGUGAUGCUGAUGCUCACUCAGCUCCCCACUCAAAGAGCUCCUCAGACCUUUCCUCAAACCUCAAAAGUCUCUCUGGACUGGAAGAGGGCGUUACAGACACAGAGGGAAAUCCUUCAGUCCGGAACAUCUCAUAUGUUCCUCUGCACCUUCACUCUGUGAUGAGCAAUCAGCUGAAAGCUUUCUUAACUUUAUUCUCUAAAAGUGCUGCUGAUGAUAAAAGUUGUUCAGAUGUGUCGGUGCAGUCAGAGAGAGAUGAGAACAGUGUCAUUCCCAUCUACAUUGGUGAGGACGGCUCAGUUCAUGAGCUGGACUUUGACCUUGGUUUAUUGGAUUCUUUUCUGGUGAGAAGCAACAGCAUGUUUCCUCCUGAGCUUGUCCACGCAUUUGUAAAGGCUUUUCUGCACAGUGAGCUAAACGACGGGUUGAGCGAUGAAAGUGAUGGAAGUGUAGGAAGUGAUGGAAACCAUGGAAGUGAUGGAAAUCAUGGAAGUGAUGGAAGCAAUGGAAGUGAUGGACACUCCCCUCACACAGCUGAGCAUCAUAAGAAGAAAAAGAGGCCUAGAGUUCACUAUAUUGUGAAGAUGAAGAGGCAUGUGGUGGUCAAGCAUCCCAAGAAGCAGAAGAAGCAGCACAGAGUUCCUCUUCCACAGGAUGACCAGCCAAGCACUUCCGCCUCUGCAGAUCUCCAUGAUGCCUCACACAGAGACUCCAGGGCCUCGAGGUCCAUCUUCAAGAAUGCUCGCAGAACACUGGGCAGGAUCUUCUCUCACAUCUCCAAGACCUUCACCAGCUGCUUUAACCCUAAAACCGCUCCGUAAACCUGUUUCU